GUUGGUCUGCGCUCGAGAGCCUUAUUCAAGACCCACACCACACAUCACCAGCUCUACAAGCUACUAGUAAGUUCCAGAAGCAAGAUGGCCAUGAACAGUAUCCUCAACGCUGAUGACAUCACAAAAGCCCUGGCAGCAUUUGCAGCUGCUGAUUCCUUCAACCAUAAGAAGUUCUUUGAGAUGGUGGGUCUGAAGGCCAAGUCAGCUGAUGAUGUGAAGAAGGUCUUCCUGGUCCUGGAUGCUGACAGCAGUGGCUUCAUAGAGGAGAACGAGAUGAAAACCUUACUGAAGAGAUUUUCCCCUGAGGGAAGGGACCUGACCGAUAAGGAAACCAAAGCAUUACUACAGGCAGCCGACACGGAUGGAGAUGGCAAGAUUUCUAGUGAUGAGUUCACUGCCCUGGUGCACCAGUAACAGUUACCUCUCUGCGGUGUAGGGCUCCCCCACCCCACACCUGCUCCCAGACUGUUGCCCACACCCCCAACACGACUCUCUUCCUCCUCCCUUUGACCUGUCCGACAUGCUCUUGAUUUGGCCCUUUUUUCCCCUCCCUCCCUCCACUGGUAGAGUUGGCCCUUUCCCCCUCCCUCCCUCCACUGGUAGAGUUGUUGGUACAAAUGAACAAACACCAAGAGGUCAGACUGUGAAAGAACAAAAUAAUAAUAAAAGAAAUGCCUCUG